AUCCAACUUCAACUCCAACCUCUCCAGCCUCUUGACCACAAAAGAUAUUUCCUCAAUCGAUCCACUUCAAAUCCAUCUCGGACUUCAUUCUAGGUCAUAAAUAUUGUAAAUCGAUCUCUAGACUACCCUCUCCCUUUCUCUUCCUUCAUCCCAUCUCUUUCCUCUUGAUAUAUCCUUGUUUCCGGUUCCUUCCGUCCCUUGGAUUGCUUUGAUCGAUAUGAUCGGAGUCAAAGAGUAUGACGUCACUAUCUGAUGUGUACUGCCUACCAUUAUUAUCAUUGUAGAUUGUUGUUCCGAUCAGCCGGUCUGAAUCUCAUACAAUCGAUCAACCAAACCUUAAUCAAGAAAAAACUCCCCCAAACAACCCACAUAUACAUAUUAAAAACCCCCCAAUGCCCACCAAGCAGCAGCUUCUGACUGACUCGCCACUUGAUUCUUCUCCAUCUUCGCCAACAGUCAUCAAUCGCAUCGGUCAACUGAACCAUCAUCUCAAUCAAUCCUCAAACCCAUCCAAUCAGAAUAAGAACAUGUCUUCUCCUCAGGGUGAUAUCGGUCUCAUCGGCUUGGCCGUGAUGGGCUGUAACUUGAUCAUGAACAUGAAUGACAAGGGAUUCACCGUCGUUGCGUACAACCGAACAGUUUCUAAGGUUGACGAGUUUAUGGAGAACCAGGCCAAAGGAUCGAACGUCAUCGGAGCUCAUUCCGUUGCAGAGCUUUGUGAAAAUCUCAAGACCCCUAGAAGGAUCAUCCUUCUGGUCAAAGCCGGUGAUGCAGUUGAUGCAUUCAUCCAGCAACUUGAGCCCCACCUCGAAAAAGGUGAUAUCAUCAUCGAUGGUGGAAACUCUCAUUUCCCUGAUACCAACCGAAGAUGCAAGGAACUCGAGGCUAAAGGGCUCUUGUUCGUUGGUUCUGGUGUAUCCGGCGGAGAGGAAGGAGCAAGAUACGGUCCAUCACUCAUGCCUGGUGGCUCAGAGGCUGCUUGGCCUCACAUCAAGGAAAUCUUUCAGAAAGCCGCGGCGCAAUCCGAAGGUGAACCCUGUUGUGAUUGGGUUGGUCAAGGUGGUUCAGGGCACUAUGUUAAAAUGGUUCACAACGGCAUUGAAUACGGUGAUAUGCAACUGAUCUGCGAGGCCUACGACAUCUUGAAGCGUGGACUUGGACUCAGUGAAGGCGAGAUCGGUGACAUUUUUGCCACCUGGAACAAGGGCGUUCUGGAUUCGUUCUUAAUGGAAAUUACUCGGGAUAUUCUUAAGUUUAAUGAUACCGACGGUACUCCGCUUGUCACGAAAAUCCUUGACAAAGCUGGCCAGAAAGGCACCGGAAAAUGGACCGCUAUCAACGCACUCGACCUUGGAAUGCCCGUCACUUUGAUCGGGGAGGCGGUGUUUGCACGAUGCUUAUCGGGGAUCAAGGAGGAGCGAGUCAAAGCCAGCAAGGUACUUGGUGGCCCUCAGAUCGAAGCCUUCAAGGGUGACAAGAAGCAAUUUAUCGACGAUCUCGAGCAAGCAAUGUACGCAAGCAAGUUGAUAUCGUAUGCGCAAGGCUUCAUGUUGAUGAGAGAAGCCGCCAAAGAAUACGGCUGGACUCUGAAUUAUCCUUCUAUCGCCCUCAUGUGGCGUGGUGGUUGCAUCAUCCGAUCAGUCUUCCUGGGUGAAAUCACCAAAGCCUUCCGAGCUGAACCAGACCUUCAAAACUUGUUAUUCAACGACUUCUUCAACCAAGCUAUUCACAAGUCUCAACCUGGUUGGCGUCGAAUCAUUGCUCAAACCUCAUUAUGGGGUAUCCCAACCCCUGCAUUCUCGACCGCCCUAGCAUUCUUCGAUGGAUACAGAACUGCCAACCUUCCUGCGAGCUUAUUGCAAGCUCAAAGGGAUUAUUUCGGGGCGCAUACCUUCCGAAUACUCCCUGAGCACGCUUCUGAGACCUACCCAGAAGGCCAAGAUGUCCAUGUCAACUGGACUGGCCGCGGUGGAACGAUCGCCUCCACCACUUACGCCGCCUGAAGGAACCAAAAACUUCAUGAAAUGAACUCUACUCUUUCAUUUGGCUGUUCAUUUGCCCAUUCAGUUGUCAAUAAAAAACAGAUACAAAAAAAUAUAGCUAGUUUGCAUGUUUGGGAAAACUGGAAAUGCACAAGAUCAACCAGAAGAUGUCGAAAUAUUGAAAUGUUGAAAUCAUGUGAUCCGUUCAUUUUCCCUAUAUGAAUUUCUUAGAAGCGCUAUAUCAUCCUUUUGUUAGAUGAGAAUUUGACUUUGUCAACACAGGAUGACCAUUAUUAUGACCAUUGAUGUAUAUUUGUGCAUUGUAUCAUGAUGAUGAUUAGAAGAAUAUCCCGGAAUUAGCCGCUGUCAGUCCAUUAACCAAAAACUUGU